AUGGCCAUAAAGACAGACAUGAGCAAAGCUUAUGAUCGGGUUGAAUGGAGUUUCAUCGAAACCCUCCUGAUUAAGUUAGGCUUCUCAGCGAGAUGGGUUGAGUUACUUAUGUAUUGCAUCUCCUCGGUUUCAUACCAGGUUCUUAUUAAUGGAGAACCUAAAGGACACAUUAAACCAUCAAGGGGAUUAAGACAAGGAGAUCUUCUCUCCCUGUUCCUCUUUAUAUUGUGCACAGAAGGCCUGAUUUCUCUCCUAAAAGGUGCUGAGGAAGAAGAACGGAUUUCUGGGCUGAAGGUGGCCCAAGCAAGCCCUCCAUUGUCCCACCUACUAUUUGCUGAUGAUAGCCUGUUUUUCUGUAAAGCGAACAUACAACAAGGAUCAGAGAUUCUCAGAAUAUUAAACACUUAUGGAGCGGCAUCAGGACAACAACUAAACCUCGGAAAAUCAUCCAUCAUGUUCGGAAAUAAAGUGGAUCCGAACCAAAAACGAGCUAUUAAAAAUACCAUUGGCAUCUCGACAGAAGGUGGCAUGGGCAUGUAUCUAGGCCUCCCAGAGCAAAUCUGCGGAUCAAAGAAGAAAGUCUUCUCUUUUGUUCAUGAUCGCCUAAGUUCCCGGGUCAAUAAUUGGUCUGCAAGACUUCUUUCCAAAGGCGGAAAAGAGAUUCAGAUCAAAUCAGUGGCUCAAGCCGUUCCGACAUACGUCAUGUCUUGCUUUCUUCUUCCACAAGGGAUAACAGACAAACUCCGUAGCGCCAUUGUCAAUUUUUGGUGGAGCUCGAAACAAAAUAACAGUGGAAUACAUUGGAUUGCAUGGGAUAAGAUUUGCAUUCCCCACGAUAUGGGAGGCCUUGGAUUUAGGGAUCUUAACGAUUUUAACCUAGCCCUACUAGCCAAGCAGCUAUGGAGACUCAUUCAGUAUCCAAACUCUCUUCUGGCUCGAGUGCUAAGAGGAAGAUACUUUCGACAAUCUGAUCCAUUAGAGGACCGAAAAGUCUACUCACCAUCUUAUGGAUGGAGGAGUAUGUUGGCUGCCAAACCGUACCUCAAAUUGGGACUCAGGAAAACAAUCGGGUCGGGACUCAACACUAGAGUCUGGAGUGAGCCUUGGAUCCCCGAUGCUAGAGCACGAGCUCCAAGAGCAGCCCCCCAAAUCGGCUUUCAAGAUCCAAGAAUGCUGGUAUAUCAUCUUAUCAAUCAAGAUACGAAACAAUGGGAUGAGCCUCUCCUAAGAGUCUGCUUCCAACCUGAGGAUGUCUCGCUUAUCCUUGGGUUAAGACCUACUAGAAACUGUACCCUAGAUGGAUAUGCAUGGAACCACACUAAAUCAGGGAUAUAUUCGGUUAAAUUGGGUUAUGAUUUGAUUAGAAGAGCGAAGCUUGCUCAAAAUACAGAUAUAGUGGGAGAACCAAGUAUUACAGCCCUUCAAAGUUAUGUUUGGAAAGUACGAACACCUGGAAAAAUGAAACAUCUCAUGUGGCAAGCUUUAUCAGGAUGCAUUGCUACUUGCCAAAACCUGACCCGAAGGCAUUUGGGAACGGAUAGGCGGUGCCCCCGCUGCGGGAACCCUGAAGAAUCUAUCAACCAUCUUCUAUUUUUAUGUCCCCCGGCUUUACAAGUCUGGGCGUUAUCGGACUUUCUGUCCCUUCCGGGCCUCUUCCCGAGUACCUCUAUUUACCAAAAUAUGAGCUUCGUCUUUUGGAAAACAAAAGAGCUAGGCAUGACAGAUCCACAAAAGGAUAUUUAUCCUUGGAUCCUAUGGUAUAUUUGGAAAGCCAGGAACGACAAGAUCUUUAACGGGAAAGAAAUUUCCCCACUAGAUACCUUAAUCCACGCAAAUAUUGAAGCAGAAAGCUGGAGGAUUGCAAACAAACCAGAAGUAGACGAGGAUGCAAUAGACGAGAUUACUCCCAUUCCUCUAACUCCGUCAUCUCUACCUGAUGCCCAGAGGUUCCCGAUCUGCCAGGUCGAUGCAUCUUGGAUAGAAAACGGCCUGGUGAGUGGGCUCGGGUGGAGUCUGAGGAAGAAUAGGAGUGAAGAGAUCUUUGGCCUUCAGGGCUGUCGGAGAAGCCUUUCGGCCCUUCACGCCGAAUUAGAGAGCCUCCUAUGGGCAAUGUCUUGCGCGAGAGAUAGACAGAUCAUAUCCGUCCACUUUCAGACCGACUGCUUGGAUUUGGUAAGCAUGGUAGAAUCUCCAUUAGACUGGCCGUCCUUCUUUUCAGAGUUGGAAAUCUUCCGGACAUUACGAGAAAGCUUUUUGGACUUCACUUUCUCCCAUAUCCCCAGGAGUUCAAAUGCCCGUGCGGAUAGUCUAACGAAAGGAGCUCGAGCAAAAGGCUUUAUCUUUUCCCAAAUCAUUCAUAACGAGUCAGUUGUGGGGGGUUUUCGGACCAUUCCCUUAACGGACCAAUAA